GCAUUUAGGAACAAAACAAAUCAUUCACAUCCUAAAGCAUUCCAAAUUCAAAAGCUUGCUUUCAAGACUUUUGUCAAACCAUUCUCUUCUAAAUUCUCUUAACACAAUCAAUUGAACUAUGGGUUUCCGUUUACCUGGUAUCAGAAAGGCAUUAUUUGCAGCCAAUCAAGCAUCUUCAAAAGCAGUGGAUGCUCCAAAGGGCUACCUUGCAGUGUAUGUUGGAGAGAAAAUGAAGCGGUUUGUGAUCCCCGUGUUAUACUUGAACCAACCUUCAUUUCAAGACUUGUUGAGUCAUGCUGAGGAAGAGUUUGGAUAUGAGCAUCCCAUGGGUGGCCUCACAAUUCCUUGCAGCGAAGAUGUCUUCCAACGUAUAACUUCUUGCUUGAAUGGACAAUAAACCUCACACUUUAGGAGGCUGACAUAGAUUAGUAGUGACAUUUUUGUACAAUAGGCAUCUUCUAAACUUGUAAAGAUCUCCCUUUCUCAAGAAAUAUGGAAAAGAAAGACUAUCAGAUUGACAAAAUUA